UCGCGUCCCAUUUGCACCACCCUGCUCAUCACUCUCUCCGCUUCCGCUCCGCUCGGCCGGCCUACUCUCCUCUGUGAGCUACCGACCGCGAGGAUCCGGCAGCCAUGAGGGAGAUCCUGCACAUCCAGGGCGGGCAGUGCGGCAACCAGAUCGGCUCCAAGUUCUGGGAGGUCGUCUGCGACGAGCACGGCAUCGACCCCACCGGCCGCUACGUCGGCACCUCCGACCUCCAGCUCGAGCGCGUCAACGUCUACUACAAUGAGGCCUCCUGCGGCCGCUUUGUGCCCCGCGCCGUGCUCAUGGACCUCGAGCCUGGAACCAUGGACAGCGUCCGCACCGGGCCCUACGGCCAGAUCUUCCGCCCCGACAACUUCGUCUUCGGCCAGUCCGGCGCCGGCAACAACUGGGCCAAGGGACACUACACCGAGGGUGCCGAGCUCAUCGACUCGGUUCUCGAUGUCGUCAGGAAGGAGGCCGAGAACUGCGACUGCCUCCAAGGUUUUCAAGUUUGCCAUUCCCUUGGAGGAGGCACUGGAUCUGGUAUGGGCACACUCCUGAUCUCCAAGAUCAGGGAGGAGUACCCUGACCGGAUGAUGCUCACAUUUUCUGUCUUCCCUUCACCGAAGGUCUCAGACACAGUUGUUGAGCCUUACAACGCAACUCUUUCUGUCCAUCAAUUGGUGGAGAAUGCUGAUGAGUGCAUGGUUCUUGACAACGAGGCACUUUAUGACAUUUGCUUCCGCACCCUCAAGCUAACCACUCCUAGCUUUGGUGACCUGAACCACUUGAUCAGUGCUACCAUGAGUGGAGUCACAUGCUGCCUGCGCUUCCCUGGUCAACUGAACUCUGACCUUCGCAAGCUGGCAGUGAACCUGAUCCCUUUCCCUCGCCUGCACUUCUUCAUGGUUGGAUUUGCGCCACUCACCUCGCGUGGCUCGCAGCAGUACCGUGCCCUCACCGUCCCUGAGCUGACACAGCAAAUGUGGGACGCCAAGAACAUGAUGUGCGCCGCCGACCCACGUCAUGGCCGCUACCUCACUGCAUCUGCCAUGUUCCGUGGCAAGAUGAGCACCAAGGAGGUGGACGAGCAGAUGAUCAACGUCCAGAACAAGAACUCUUCCUACUUCGUGGAGUGGAUCCCCAACAACGUCAAGUCCAGCGUGUGCGACAUCCCGCCCCGUGGCCUGUCCAUGGCGUCCACCUUCAUCGGCAACUCCACCUCCAUCCAGGAGAUGUUCCGCCGCGUGAGCGAGCAGUUCACGGCCAUGUUCAGGAGGAAGGCCUUCUUGCAUUGGUACACCGGCGAGGGCAUGGACGAGAUGGAGUUCACCGAGGCCGAGAGCAACAUGAACGACCUCGUCUCCGAGUACCAGCAGUACCAGGACGCCACCGCCGACGAGGAGGGCGAGUACGAGGACGACGAGGAGCAGGUCGCGGAAGAGGAGUAAGUUUACCCGGCGGAGCUUGUUACUGGGAUCCCAUCUCUUCCAUCUCCGACCUCCUGACCGAGGUCGCCUGUUGUGUACUACCCUUUUCGACACAAAAGA